AGGACAGAGCCUGAAACUGAUGCCAAAGCACCAUGUGAGUCAGCCCAAGAACGUACGACCCAAAGCAAAGUCAGUCCUGGUUCUGAGGAUAGGGAAAGAUGGCAAGAGAAGGACCAAGACUGCAGGAUGAGUACAUUACCACUUCCCAAGGUUGAAAGCCCCUCUAAGUUAAGAGCUAACAUCAUAGCAGACAACUGGUGUUCACCUAUAGAGGACUGUGGUUCACCUGUAGAAAAGUAUGACGAAGUUGCUGACUUUGUCACUCAAUACAAAACCUGCAAGUCAAAGAAAAAAGUACAUUAAAAAAUGGAAAAGGAGAAGACCCUCCAUCCAACGUCAUCUGACAGGCAAAAGCACAAGAAAAGCCAUGGGAGAGCAGAGAGGGGAAGGACACCAUCCCAAACCACAAAGUGCUCUGGGUUGAAGGCAACUGUGGAUAAUCAAUGCAGGGACAUGAAGCCACAUGCAUCACACAAGAAGAGACAUUCAACUGAGAGUGAUGAAAAUCGAUGUAAAGACAAGAAGAGGAGACAUUCAACUGUGAAAGAGUGUGAAGGCUGUCAAUCCAGGGACAAGAAGCCACCGAAGAGGAGACAUUCAACUGAGAAAGAGUGUGAAGGCUGUCAAUCCAGGGACAAGAAGCCACCGAAGAGGAGACAUUCAACUGAGAAAGAGAGAGAGGACAAUCAAAGUAGGGACAAGAUGUCACAGAAGAGGAGAAAUUCAACUGAAACUGACGGCAGGAACUCAGACUCCAAAGAGUUACAGUGCCAGUUGGUGGACAUAGAGAGGAGCAGUGGAAACUCACUCCCGUGCCCUGGGGUGAAAACCCUCCAUGUGCAGGGAUCCUCAACCACCACCAUUCCUCUCAAAAUCUCCAUAAACAUCCCCAAAAAGCCUUCCAUAAAUGCCUCACCCUCAAAACAUGCAGAGGAAAUCCUCAAAAUCCCGAAGACUAAAGCCCAGAACAAAACUAACAGACACUGCUCCCUUACAAAGCCGGUGUCUCCUGUUGUCAAAGAGAGGCAGAGGAAUGGCGGCAAACAAAAGCAAACAAUUCAAUGUUUAAAAAUCAGAUUGGAAAAGCUGUCCUUACCCCAAAAUCUUGUCAGGAAAAGUUGUCCACCAAGCCGGAAGCGGGAGGAAGUUUCUCCACCAAGGCAGAAGAGGGUGGCAGAUAAGAGGAGAGCCUGAGGGUUUAGCGGUAAAGGUUUCUAAGCAUCCUGACUUGUCCAAGAAACUAAAACGUAAGGCACAGAGCGACUUGAAAUCCCAACAGAAUUUGACAAAGAUUCCGAAGGUGUUGAAUGGAAUGUUUUCAAAAAUUGAGUGUAAGAAUGACUCGCCGCCAAGGAUUCUGAAGCUUCCAAGGACUCCAGAGGUUUCAAAGGAUUGGCAUGAGAGAGAGAACAGGAAAAAGCCAUCUCCCAGUGCUUCACCUGAAUCUCAAAUGCUGGACAAACCUGCAAGAGUGGCACACAAGCCCAAAUCUUUUAUCAAACUUGCCAGUCCCAGUGGUUACAGCCCAGGUAGUCAUACUUGCCCUCAUACGGCCAUGGUGUCACCGUCACAUGGCAAUGUAGAUUUUGGGGAAAAAGUCUCUGCGAGGCAACAGGUGUUCUCAGAUUGGGGGAGCAGCUUUGUCCCGACUCCAACCCCCCGGACUCACAGGCGAUCAGGGUGUCCUCCAGAGGAAGUGGAAGGUCAACAGGCCAGUCCCAGGUCCAGCUCGGAGACCAGGAUCAUCCAACCCAUUCUAAAACGUGUCGAUGCUCCACCAAAACCAAAGCGGAACAUCAGCUUUCCUUUGAAUCCAAGGAACGUGCACUACUUCAAGCCCUGUGAAUAUGAAAAUUACGCCAUGUUCAACAGGUCUUACACGGAUCCUGAAGAUGCACAGUGUUCUGAAGAUGCUCCUGUGAACUGCCAGAACACGGAGGAACAGUCCCCCAUUAUGGAAGAGAAGCUGCGAGAUAUAGGUGAGCUGAAGCCUGGACCAAGUGUUUUUUGUGAAAAGAGCUUCAAAAGGAAGUGGCAAAUGCAGGAUCCUGCUGUCAUUUUGAUGAAGAGUAUUUGUCAGGCAAAGCAUUGGACGAAGUCUCUCCAUCGUGAACCUCCGAAAGACUCCAGACACUCAGCAAAAAUAACUGGAGUUGGUUACAAGUGGUCCGAGAAGCAGAAGAAGAGGCCAAAUGAAAUUGAAGGUUCCUCUCUGAAUGCAAGCCCCCUUCACGGUCACCAUCCAGGUUCCUCUCAGAAUGCAAGUCACGGUCACCAUCCAGGUUCCUCUCAGAAUGCAAGUCACGGUCACCAUCCAGGUUCCUCUCAGAAUUCAAGUCCCCGUCACGGUCACUGUCCACGUUCCUCUCAGAAUGCAAGUCACGGUCACCAUCCAGGUUCCUCUCAGAAUGUAAGUCCUCGUCACGGUCACCAUCCGGGUUCCUCUCUGAAUGCAAGCCCCCUUCACGGUCACCAUCCAGGUUCCUCUCAGAAUGCAAGUCACGGUCACCAUCCAGGUUCCUCUCAGAAUGCAAGUCACGGUCACCAUCCAGGUUCCUCUCAGAAUUCAAGUCCUCGUCACGGUCACCAUCCGGGUUCCUCUCAGAAUUCAAGUCCCCGUCACGGUCACUGUCCACGUUCCUCUCAGAAUGCAAGUCACGGUCACCAUCCAGGUUCCUCUCAGAAUGCAAGUCACGGUCACCAUCCAGGUUCCUCUCAGAAUGCAAGUCACGGUCACCAUCCAGGUUCCUCUCAGAAUGCAAGUCACGGUCACCAUCCAGGUUCCUCUCAGAAUGUAAGUCCUCGUCACGGUCACCAUCCGGGUUCCUCUCAGAAUUCAAGUCCCCGUCACGGUCACUGUCCACGUUCCUCUCAGAAUGUAAGCCCCCUCGUAGUCACCAUUCAUCCUCCAGCCAGGGGAGAAGAGUUGAGCCAACAGCCAGGCACCAUAGCUCUCCCAUGGAUGAAUGGAACAAGCGGUGGUCGGGAGACGUGAUUCGUAAGCAUAUCAGUCGGCCAUGACAGGAUACACAAGACAGAACAGUAGUUGAUGUCAACCUGCAAAGACAAUACUUUUACCUCAAACCUGACAUCGUGCCUAUGCUGUUCUUUAAAAAAUACUUGAAACCCUACAUAUUUAGGCUACAUUAUGCAGUUUACUUUUCAUCUGUUUUUAAAUGAAUAAAUGUCUGAUUUCUCUCCCUAAAUAAUAGGGUCGGUUAGCUGUGGUUAAAGUCAGAAGUGUGUAUUAUAUAGUAUGUACAUGUGUUAUUGUUACUCUGGACACCUAACGGUGAUUGGUGUUUGGUUACCUGUAUUCCUAUAGUAUUGUUUGCCUACAUUGUUAGGACACCAUCAUAGUGAUGGUAUUGGACAUUGUUUGUUUACGGUGUUUUCUAUUGCAACCAGAACCAAAACUUAAGGGAAGAAACCCGACAACUUUUGGUUGUUGUUGUAAUAUGUUCUUUUUUUUAACGCUGGUGGUAAAUGUAUCGUGGAUAUCGACAUUAAAUGAUGUUUGAAAGCCAUUAUGUCGCUUUUUUAAAAUGUGAUUUCUUGCACUGGUUUAUAGUUUUGUGGCCACAGAUGAUGUUUUGGGUUUUGAGAAAUGUGUGUAGUUUACAGGUCACUGGUUUUAUACUACGUCUUAAAGUUGUCAAUCCCAUGUUUUGUUUUUAAUAUUUGUACGUUAUGAUGCUGUAUUGUUUUUUUAUGUACACCUCUGUUUACUGUAUUGUUAUGGCACUUAAAUAAUAUAAAUAUAGAAAAUA